CGACGCCUUGCUGAAGAGGUCUUUGGGACUGCGCUUGCAGGCAAGCCGACGGACUUCCGUGACGACGGCGGCGAGCGCCACUAUCGCUACAUGUGCAAGCAGCUGGACGUGGUCCCCUCGCAGCAAUUCAUCCGGCAGCUCCGCACCAGCACCGCCAGCUUCCGGUACUACGGAUUGGACCCCAGAGGGGUGCGCCCCAUGACAGAGGCGCUCUCCAAGAACAAGUACGUGAAGCGUCUGGAUCUCGAAGAGAACUGGCUUACGUUCGAUUCGGCGUGCCACCUGACGGAGCUCUUCUUGGAGAACGACACCAUCGAAUACCUGAACUUGACAGGUUGC